AUUGUAAACCACUUAUUGCCAUUGACGGCACACACUUGUAUGGUAAAUAUCGCCAUACCUCUAGGUGAGGCUACCAUCACAUUGCUUGAUGUAGCCUUACUAACACGGCUUCCCAUAGAGGGACGUGCCGUUUGUACAGGCGGACGCCAGCUAUCAGGCUGGCGUGACAUGGUGCAUCGCAUAUUGGGAGAGCGCCCUCCACCGGAAGUGAUCAGGGGGAGCGGUUUGCGAUGCACAUGGUUGGUUCAGACCUUCUCGCAACUCCCCGGAGAUGCUGAUGAGGGCACCAUUUCGAGGUACGCCAAGGCGUACAUCCUAUAUUUGAUAGGUGCUGUGUUGUUUGCCGAUAAAACAAGCAACCAAAUACAGCUCCUAUACUUAACAUUACUUGACGACCCGUGGGAGCGCAUCGCCGAGUAUAGCUGGGGCUCCGCAGCCCUAGGAUACUUGUACAGGAGGCUUUGUGGUGCUGCCCAUAAGAACGUCAAAGAGAUUGCAGGACCACUAGUCAUAUUACAGCUGUGGGCGUGGGAGCAUAUUCUUAUCGGCCAACCUUACAGAACCGUUGGUCGUGGUGAUACUGCUCCUCCACCACAACCAGGCCCAGAUGUUGCGUACGGUUCGAGGUGGAAUUUUGCCCGCCGGACGCGCAAGCACACCGGCAGCGGUCUUGGAUUCUACCGAGAUCAAUUAGACCUACUACGACCCAACCAGUUUUUGUGGGACCCAUACCCAGCGGAAGCCUACGCAGCUGUACCCGAACACUCGGGGAUUCAUUCCGGGGCGUGGAGGGCUUCUGUGCCACUCAUAUGCUUCGACAUUGUCGAAGUACAUCUACCAGAGCGCGUAAUGCACCAAUAUGGGUUGGUACAGGGCAUUCCACCGCCUUGUGACACUGAACCCCGGCUGCACCAAAUUUCGCGAAGAAAUCAAGCUGGGGCUAACUAGAUGGAGAUCAACGGGCGCCACAUCGCUCGUUGGGAUCAUAGACUUGAGCUGCUGGCACAAGGUGCGCCGAUCGAUGUUGUCGGCGCACCUACUACACCUGACUACAUGCCGUGGUUCCUCUCCAUCACGCGCCGAUGGAUGACACCACGUGCCAUCUUGGAAGCAGCACAUUACGCACCUGCUGCGCCUACGAUGACCCAAUUUGCACAAGGUGCGGCAAACGUGAUUCGGUACAGCCAGGAGGAGCCGGUGAGGGAGAUUGCGCAUGGCAUGCUCGUCGGCUCGCAGUUCCAGCACUUCAUACCGGAAGUCGCUGCACAACACUCACCGACUAUCUCCCAUACGCACAUGGCAUGCUCUCCUUCUUAUGACUACCAUUUGGAGGAGAUUGAUCAUUCAUAUCCCGUUGACGCUGCGGGGACCUCGCAGGCUGGGCCAUCACAGCCAUCACAGUACCAGUCCCCUCCAC